CCAAAGUUCCCAAUUAACGUGGGCUGCUGUGUCUGGUGCUGGGUUAUUUUCUCCUAUUUUUCCGUUCCUCGGAGUUUACUAUUGCAGAGAGACACCAGGUCUGUCAUUGUGUCUGUCUUGCUCCCUUCCCACCCUAACCAGAGGGAAACCGAAAAGCAACAGCUGAUGGCAAUCUGCUCCGGCGCUUGCACGCCCCCUCGGCAGCGGUCUCCUGUUGCUUCUCGGAGCUUGACUGCCCUUUGGAAAAAUCUCUCCGCCCCUCGAGAGGAGAGGGGAGCAGAGGACGCGCGCAAGCACGGAGCGGGAGGACGGGCAGGGAGAGGAGGAGAAGGGGUUUGCGCGCGGCCGCUACCCAGAAGCCUGCGGACGGCAGCACGGAGUGGGCUGUCCCCGCGCCCCGCCCCGAGCGAGCCCCCCGCCCCCGCCCCCGCAGGACGCGCCUCCCGGCCCGCCCGACUCCUAGGAGGAGGGGAGGCGGGAAAGCAGCUCAAGCCUCACCCACCGCCCUGCCCCCAGCCCCGCCACUCCCAGGUUCCUCGGGACUCGGCGGGUCCUCCUGGGAGUCUCAGAGGGGACCGGCUGUGCAGACGCCAUGGAGUUGGUGCUGGUCUUCCUCUGCAGCCUGCUGGCCCCCAUGGUCCUGGCCAGUGCUGAGAAGGAGAAGGAAAUGGACCCUUUUCAUUAUGAUUACCAGACCCUGAGGAUUGGGGGACUGGUGUUCGCUGUGGUCCUUUUCUCGGUUGGGAUCCUCCUUAUCCUAAGUCGCAGGUGCAAGUGCAGUUUCAAUCAGAAGCCCCGGGCCCCAGGAGACGAGGAAGCCCAGGUGGAGAACCUCAUCACCGCCAAUGCAACAGAGCCCCAGAAAGCAGAGAACUGAAGUGCAGCCGUCAGGUGGAAGCCUCCGGAACCUGAAGGUGGCUGCUUGAACCUUUGGAUGCAAAUGUCGAUGCUUAAGAAAACCGGCCACUUCAGCAACAGCCCUUUCCCCAGGAGAAGCCAAGAACUUGUGUGUCCCCCGCCCUCCUAUCCCCUCUAACACCAUUCCUCCACCUGAUGAUGCAACUAACACUUGCCUCCCCUCUGCAGCCUGCGGUCCUGCCCACCUCCUGUGAUGUGUCUGUGUGUAUGUGUGUGAGUGUGUGUGUUUGCUGACUGGUCUUCGUGGCUACUUGUUCGUGGACGGUAUUGUGUUUGUUAGUGAACUGUGGACUUGCUUUCCCGGGCAGGGGCUGAGCCACAUGGCCAUCUGCUCCUCCCUGCCCCCGUAGCCCUCCAUCACCUCCUGCUUCUAGGAGGCUGCUUGUUCCCUGAGACCAGCCCCCUCCUCUGAUUUAGGGAUGCAUAGGGUAAGAGCACGGGCAGUGGUCUUCAAUUGUCUUGGGACCUGGGAAGGUUUGCAGCACUUUGUCAUCAUUCUUCAUGGACUCCUUUCACUCAUUUAACAGAAACCUUGCUUCCUUAUCCCACCUGACCCCAGUCUGAAGGUCUCUUAGCAAUUGGAGAUACAAAGCAAGGAGCUGGUGAGCCCAGCGUUGACUUCAGGCAGGCUAUGUCCUUCCAUGGUCAAUUUCUUCCCUGGGGCUUCCAUUAGGAGUCCCCAUCUGCCCCGCCCCUUCACAGAGCCCCCAGAGAUUCCAGGCCCAGGGCUUCUACUCUGCCCCUGGGGAAUGUGUCCCCUGCAUAUCUUCUCAGCAAUAACCCCAAGGGCUCUGGGACCCUACCCCUUCCAACCUUCCCUGCUUCUGAGACUUCAGUCUACAGCUCAGCUCAGCUCAGUUCAUCCAGACGCAGACUCCAGUCCCUGCCGUUGGGUCUCUGGCAGGCAAUAGCUGAAGGACUCCUGUUCCGUUGGGGCCAGCACAUUGGGAUGGGUGGAGGGAGAGUAGAGGCCUUUGCUUCUAUGCCCACGUCCCCUUAGAUGGGCAGCAGAGGCAACUCGCGCAUCCUUCGCUCUGCCUGUCGGCAGUCAGAGCGGCGAGCGAGGUGGGUUGGAGACUCGGCAGGCUCCGUGCAGCCCUUGGGAACAGUGAGAGGUUGAAGAUCAUAACAAGAGUGGGAACUCAACCCAGAUCUCGCCCCUCCUGUCCUCUCUGUUCCCGUGGAAACCAACCAAACUGUGCGCUGUGACCCAUUGCUGUUCUCUGUAUCGUGAUCUAUCCGCUCAACAACGACAGAAAAAAGGAAUAAAAUAUCCUUUAUUUCCUAGUG